GUCUGAAUCUGCCAUGCUCUAAAAAUACAACAAUUCAACCUGAAGAAAAACCACUCUGCCAUAAUCAAUAAUGCCUGUGAGAGAUACAGUAUUGACAUAUCGCCUCCGACCACAAGCCCUCAGGGAUUAUCUAAAGCAGGUUUUCAACCAGGAGAUUCCAGUUGCUACGGCUGCUGAUGGCAAAUCAUUUUAUCAUUUCAACGUGCCACGCAAACUUCGCCCGGAUGAGAAGGACUAUAUCUAUAGGCACCUCCGUUACAACGAAGAUGAAGAUUCCAUGUGGUAAUUAAUACACAUGAGAGAAUAAACAUGGCAAGGCCUUUUUAGAUCAGAUCUAUUCAUAGUGAUUCAUGAUUGGUAGAUAUGACCCUUCUUGUUCAAUGUAACAUGGAUGACAUAAGGGAGGGGAAGAAUCGCUUCACAAUUUCAUUGGUCUGAUUAAGUAUGGGUGAUCUUACUGUACCACUUUCUUUUGGGCUGAGUCUCAUCGGAUGUGCUGAAUGAUUGUAGGAGGCCUAUUACGCGAGGCAGUGUAGAGGCAAACAUACUUAGCUGAACGAACUCUUCGUUCGAUACAAAAUGCAAAAUAGUUUUUCCACAUUAACUUCUACGUUGG